CAGACGUAUAUCUCUACCAAAGAUAUGGAGGGACCGCCUUCAAAGCGAUCGCGGCGAGCAGAGCCUUUAUCCGACGAUCAACAUUCCCCAAUGCCACCUUCAAGUGGAAAGGCUGCGCGAAAAGAGAAGAAAGACACAGGACGAGGAUCACGACCGGACGAAGCUCGAAGAAAGAGAUCAAGGUCCCGAGAACUGUACGAUGCGCGAGAACGAAAAAGACAACGAAGCCGAUCGCGAGAAAGAGAUUCUUCGCACCGUGACCGAGACGGGGAUCACCAGAAGCAGAGAGACAAUGGCCGCGAUGGUCGAGAUCGAGAGACCAAUGGUCCCAGCAAACGCAACAGAAGCCGGAGCCAGGAGAGACCACGACUGCAAAAAGAUGAACGACCUCGGCGGCGGUCAAGGUCACGGUCACCUGUCAGAAAUGGGCAUGGAACUCCAGCCCGUGCAAGAUCCCCAGCAAAGCGCCCUGACCACGACCGACCACGGGCACGGGAUAAAACUAAGGCCGAAGAAGACAAGUUCAGGACCAAAUCAAAAUCAGAUCCAGAAAAGUCCAUGACGAAUGGCGAUGCAAUGCAUCUCGAUACUGGCGACGACGACGCACAUCUGAAGAGGAUGAUGGGAUUCACGGCCUUCAAAUCGACGCACAACACGAAAGUACCAGGUAACCAGAUAUAUGGCGUAAGGAAAGAAAAGAAGACCGAAUAUCGGCAGUACAUGAAUCGUGUGGGCGGAUUUAACAGACCUUUGAGUCCAUCAAGAUGACCAACAUGAAAAGUCUGUUGAUGUUCAAAUGCACAAACUGCAUCAUACAGAUGUGCUCACGAAAUUUGUUUGGCCGAAUGCAGCCCAGGCCAACAGGACCCUUGUUGCAGAUGCUGUCGUCUGUUUGAUUCCCAAUCGGCCAAAGUUCUCAGUCAUCAAGUCGCCGACACAUGGCCAUCCAUUCAGUCGCCGUUGGUGGCAUGAUCUGACUCACGCAAUCAACUUGACCCUCUCACCCAACUGAGAUUGUGUCAGAAUGCUCUGAAUGACAAGCGAAUGGUGCAAGUCAUCAAGGACAAACGAGGGACCCUCAUGGUCUAUAAAUUCGGUCUCGAAUCCCCCUUCCACAACAUCCUCUUCUUCCAUUAAGACAACCCCAUCAAAACAACAAGCUACGUAUAUCAGGAUAUACGAUACAGAUCCCAUACCAAUACCCAAUUCAAUAACGAUAGCCG